AUGAACCGUUAUACGUGUUGGUUCCCUUUGCUGAUCUGCGGACUCUUACUGUGUACUAUCCAUGCUAUGCAAUACUCUGACGCCGAAGCACUGCUACAAGCCAUCUUUAAGAACUACUCAAAUGAUCUUCGUCCAAAUAAGAAUUUUGAAGAACCUACUGAUGUUUCUGUUUACCCUCUUAUUUUUUCUAUAAAUGAUUUUGACGAAGUCUCCGGAGUUCUAUCUGUUGUGUGCGCGUUUUCGCUAACAUGGAAUGAUUUUCGAUUGACCUGGAAACCGGGUAACUAUGGUGGCAUCACCGAAUUUCCUAUUACGCCGAAGAAAAUUUGGAUUCCGAAUCUACUUUUGAUUAAUCCAGCAAAUAAAAUGGAAGCUAUUGGAAGUGCUGAUUUUGUAGGGAAUGUAAAUUAUAACGGCCUCGUCUCCUGGUUACCCGGAUGUCUGAUUCAGACUGUGUGCAGUGUUAAUAUAUAUGAAUUUCCUUUCGAUACACAGAAAUGUUCUUUUAAUUUAGCUCUGUGGGGAUAUUCGCCAUUACAAGCUAGAGUGAUUCCAUUUGACAAUACGUCCUAUGUGGAUACAACAUUUUAUUCUUCUAAUGCUAAAUGGGCAUUAGAAGGAACUGGAAUGAAAGGACACGCUUUAGGAGAUUACGAUAAUUUAAUCCAAGUGCAGUUGAUUUUGAAGAGGAAAUCUCUGUACUUUGUUAUGAACAUGUUGGCCCCCAUCUUACUCCUGUCCUUACUGAAUCCUCUGGUUUUUGUGUUGCCCGUUGACAGUGGAGAGCGUGUGUCCUAUGCUAUCACGAUCUUUCUGUCCUUUGCUGUCUUCAUGACACUGCUCAGCGACAAUAUUCCAAAAUCUUCUGAGCCAAUGUCUUUAAUGUCGUAUUUCCUUAUAGAGACUAUGGGUAUGAGCACACUGAUAUGCGUUUUGACUGUUAUCACGAUGAAUUUUCAUUUCAAAGAGUCUCAAUCACGAGUGUCCAGGAAAGCUGUGAUUAUUUUAAAUGUUCUACGAUUUCAGUUUCUGUGUCAAUUAUGUGAAAAACACACAAAGAUAUCUAAAGUAUAUGACAACGCGGAAUUGGGAGACAUUUCUAUACAAAACAUAACUAAUGAAGACAAAUUACAAAAUGAAGAAGCAGGAGAGGAAAUAAGUUGGAAGACACUAGCAGAGGGAUACGACAGUGUAAUGAUGUACUAUUUUUACUUCUUUGUCUUUCUACAGUGGUUCAUCUUCAGCUCUAUUUUAGCGUUUUAA